CCCUGCCUCCCAUUGUCAUGCUGCAGCCUCACCGAGGUGAGAUGAAUGACAUGCACCACAGAUCCGCGCACAGGCACGUCACCUUCGCCCACACGCGUGUGGAAGAAUGGAAAAGUUGAAAGAAAAGGAAAAGGGUGAGCGACCCCCCAACGCAACCCAGACAAUCCGCGACCGACAAAGACACACACAUGUGACAAAAAGACAACCACAUUCCAAGCACACAACGACCCAUAGCAUCCACCAACACACAGGGGAUGGAUGGACGGAUGAACCUAAAAGAUGGACGGAUGAACCUUUUUGGUUCUUCUUCCGUCCGUUGCAUGAGUGCACCAGCGCAGCCAUCCAAGCCCCUUCCUCAUUGAAUUGGCGAGUGCCUCGGUGGAGACCACACGCCGCACACACGUGGCACAUACCCUCACACACGACACAACACACAUCCGCUGCACUCUCUCGGCGGCCAUGUGUCCCAUCCGCACAGCGGAUGGCUCGCUCCCACGCCGAUACGACUACAGGCACUUCACUCAACACAAACUGACAAUAAAAAUGACUGACGUGCAAGUAAAUACGCCUCGCUAUGGUGAUCGGCAUGCGAUCGUGAUGGAGGCCACCGGAUGAAGUAGCGGCAUACACACACAAACACACACACACACACACACAGACGCACGCACGCACACAAAGAAGCAAAGCAAAGUAAGGUAAACCGAUCUCAAAACUAGAUGUUCAACAAGCCGAUUACCGUCUCAGUAACGCCACAAACACAAACUACCGACCGACAGCCAUCCAUGUGUGCUCAUGUAAGUAAACGAGUCUCACUGUGAUGAUCGGCAUGCAAGUGUGAGGAAGGCAGACGGACAAAGUGCCGGCAUACACACACACACACACACACACACAGAAGCAAAGCAAAAGCCCAGCCACACAGAAAACCGAUCUCAAAAAAUAUCGAUACAGAUGCUGAUAAUGGCGAUCCAGAUACCUUGGCAGCUCUUUUCGUCCGCAUCUGCAAAACAUGGAAGCCCGCAUCCAUCCUCUGUCACCAAUGCCACCUAAGCAGUGUUCUUCCCUGAGGCUCGUCUGGCGGGAAUGUGAUGGCCUUCUCGGCGAUGACCAGCUCCAAGUGGCCCUCGACCUUGAAGUCCUCCAGAAACGGAUGCAGCGUCACUGUCUCAAUGGCAGUCGCAUUCUCAUUCAUGAACACCACCAUGGCCGGCUUGUCCGAAGACAGAGAGGCGCUUCCCUCGUGGUUGGCAUGGAAGAAGUCCUUGUCGUCUGGGAUGGACCAGGUCGCCUCCGUGUUGUCGGAGAAGGUGGCCUUGACGUCUCCGAGAGCAUGGAUGAUGAUGAGAGGACCUGGAUUAAUGGCAGACCGAGGGCGCGUGUCAUCUUGGGUGCGUCUGAGGAUGGUAGACGGGGCCGCUGCGGCGGAGGCAAGGGCGACAAUGAGGAAGGUCGAGCAAAGGGAUAGGGAAGCCAUCGGGAUUGACAGAAGGGACGGACAGGGUCAGGUGGGGAUGUCCGUUAGCGCGGAUGCAUG